AAAAAAAAUUCCCCCAGUUUUCAAUUCAGAAAUCAGAACAAAACAAAAGAGGAAACCACUUUCCCACUCAGCGUCGUCAGUCGUCACCAACCCCACUGUCACAGCCGCUACCACCAUUCCCCACCAACCGAGGUAACCUUCUACCUUACGUCCCACGUACCAACAAUACUCGCCACCACCCAAGCUCUUCAACCCAGCUUCGAGCUAGACUACGAGAGAGAGAAUACAGAGCGACAAUGGCGGCGAUUGCGCUCCGCAGGCUCUCCUCCACUCUCAAGUCUCCUUUCAAACCUUGCUUCAGUGGCGGUUCCUUCUAUUCCAUGUCUUCCUUGCCCAAUCCAGCAGUUUCCGGCAAAGACUCCGCUCGCGUCGCCUGGAUAAAGCAAUUGAAUGCACCGCUCGAGGAAAUCGAUCCGGAAGUAGCUGAUAUCAUUGAACUUGAGAAAGCCAGGCAAUGGAAGGGACUUGAACUUAUACCUUCAGAAAAUUUCACUUCAGUUUCUGUAAUGCAAGCUGUUGGUUCUGUUAUGACCAAUAAAUACAGUGAGGGUUACCCUGGAGCAAGAUACUAUGGUGGAAACGAGUACAUUGACAUGGCUGAGAGCUUAUGUCAGAAGCGUGCUUUAGAAGCCUUUGACUUGGAUCCUGAAAAAUGGGGAGUCAAUGUGCAGUCUCUAUCUGGAUCUCCUGCUAACUUUCAAGUUUAUACUGCCUUGUUAAAACCUCAUGAGAGAAUCAUGGCCCUUGAUCUGCCACAUGGAGGUCAUCUUUCACAUGGUUAUCAGACUGAUACAAAGAAGAUAUCUGCUGUGUCCAUAUUUUUUGAGACCAUGCCAUACAGAUUAAAUGAGAGUACAGGUUAUAUUGAUUAUGAUCAGUUAGAGAAUAGUGCUGCACUCUUUAGACCAAAACUCAUAGUUGCUGGUGCAAGUGCUUAUGCACGCCUCUAUGAUUAUGCACGUAUUCGCAAAGUCUGCGACAAGCAAAAAGCUGUUUUGUUGGCUGACAUGGCACACAUCAGUGGGUUGGUGGCAGCUAGUGUCAUCCCAUCUCCAUUUGAAUAUGCUGAUGUUGUGACGACAACAACUCAUAAAUCGCUUCGGGGUCCUCGUGGGGCUAUGAUAUUCUUCAGGAAAGGGGUGAAAGAAGUUAACAAACAAGGGAAAGAGGUGAUGUAUGACUAUGAAGAUAAGAUUAACGCGGCUGUCUUUCCUGGACUUCAAGGUGGUCCGCACAAUCACACAAUUACUGGUUUAGCAGUCGCACUGAAGCAGGUUAAAACCCCUGAAUAUAGGGCCUAUCAAGAGCAAGUUCUCAGUAAUUGUUCAAGGUUCUCGCAGAGCUUACUGGAUAAAGGCUAUGAACUAGUGGCUGGUGGAACAGAGAACCAUUUAGUCUUGGUGAACUUGAAAAACAAGGGUAUCGACGGGUCAAGAGUUGAAAAGGUUUUGGAAUCAGUUCAUAUUGCAGCUAAUAAGAACACAGUUCCUGGGGAUGUGUCAGCCAUGGUUCCUGGUGGUAUUCGCAUGGGGACACCGGCUCUCACAUCCAGGGGGUUCAUUGAGGAAGACUUUGAAAAAGUAGCCGAGUUCUUCGAUGCAGCUGUCAAGUUAGCAUUGAAGAUCAAAGCUGAUUCUAAUGGACCCAAGUUGAAGGACUUCACCGCAGCUCUAAAGUCAGACGCACAACAAUCUGAGAUUGCAAAGCUUCGUCAUGAUGUUGAGGAGUAUGCAAAGCAAUUCCCCACUGUAGGCUUCGAGAAGGAAACGAUGAAGUACAGAGACUAAAGAAAGAAAGAAUGGUGGCUGUAGCAUCAUCACAAGGCACGCCCUGUCCACUUUGACAACAAUAUAUCGCGAAGGCUGUUCAUAUGCUUCACAUGAGAUCAGUAAUUUGAUUCUGUAUACAACAAUGAAUCGAAGCGUAGGGGAUUGAGAAAUUAGCAACAUGAUUCAGCUUGCUGUCAUUCGCCUGCAAGCGCUUUUCCCCCCUAUUUUUUACAAGAAAAACAACGUGACUGCUAGGAGAAAUCAAUUGUAUUUUCAUUGGGUCGAAUGCAAAAUUUUCAGCCGCCAAUUUGCCAAAACUCAUUGUUUGUGG